GCGGCGCGCGCUCCCGCUUCCGGUGAGGUGUCAUGGCGGGCCCCGCGCGCUGAGGGCCCGACCCCGACCCCGCCCGCCGGACCCGCCGCUCCCCGGGCGGGCGCGGCGGGACAUGGCGGCGCACAAGCCCGUGGAGUGGGUGCAGGCCGUGGUGAACCGCUUCGACGAGCAGCUUCCAAUCAAGGUUUGCCAGCAGAAUACCCACACCAAAGUCAGUACGGAGCACAACAAGGAAUGUCUCAUCAACAUUUCCAAGUACAAGUUUUCCCUGGUCAUCAGUGGUCUCACUACUAUUUUAAAAAAUGUUAAUAACAUGAGAAUAUUUGGAGAAACUGCUGAAAAGAAUUUGUAUCUAUCUCAGCUGAUUAUCUUGGAUACACUGGAAAAAUGUCUGGCAGGGCAACCAAAGGACACCAUGAGGCUGGACGAGACGAUGCUGGUGAAGCAGCUGCUGCCCGAGAUCUGCCACUUCAUCCACACGUACCGCGAGGGCAACCAGCACGCGGCCGAGCUGCGCAGCUCCGCCUCGGGGGUGCUCUUCUCCCUCAGCUGCAACAACUUCAACGCCGUCUUCAGCCGCAUCUCCACCAGGUUGCAGGAACUGACUGUUUGCUCAGAAGAUAAUGCUGAUGUUCACGACAUUGAACUUUUACAGUACAUCAGUGUGGAUUGUUCCAAACUCAAGCGACUCUUGCAAGAGACUGUAUUCAAGUUUAAAGCCCUUAAGAAAGUAGCUCAGUUAGCUGUUAUCAACAGUCUGGAAAAGGCAUUUUGGAACUGGGUGGAAAACUAUCCUGAUGAAUUCACAAAGCUGUACCAAACACCCCAGACUGACAUGGCUGAUUGUGCUGAGAAGUUGUUUGACUUGGUGGAUGGCUUUGCUGAAAGCACGAAGCGUAAAGCAGCAGUGUGGCCACUGCAGAUCAUCCUCCUGGUCCUGUGUCCAGAGAUAAUCCAAGAUAUAGCAAAGGACGUGGUGGAGGAGACUAAAAUGAACAAGAAGCUGUUCCUGGACAAUCUCAGGAAGGCCCUUGCAGGCCACAGUGGGAGCAGGCAGCUGACUGAAAGUGCUGCUAUUGCUUGUGUUAAACUGUGCAAAGCAUCUACCUACAUCAACUGGGAGGAUAAUUCUGUCAUUUUCCUGCUGGUGCAGUCCAUGGUACUAGAUCUUAAGAACCUGCUGUUUAACCCAAGCAAACCUUUCUCAAGAGGCAAUCAGAAUGCAGAUGUAGACCUGAUGAUUGACUGCUUGGUUUCCUGCUUCCGCAUAAAUCCUCACAACAACCAACACUUCAAGAUCUGCUUGGCACAGAAUUCCCCAUCAACAUUUCAUUAUGUGCUGGUAAAUUCGCUCCACCGAAUUAUCACCAAUUCGGCGCUGGACUGGUGGCCCCGGAUCGACGCCGUGUAUUGCCACUCGGUGGAGCUGCGCAGCAUGUUCAGCGAGACCCUGCACAAGGCCAUCCAGGGCUGCGGGGCACACCCCGCCAUCCGCAUGACCCCGAGUCUUACAUUUAAGGAGAAAAUGACCAGCCUUAAAUUUAAAGAAAAACCUACUGAUUUGGAAACCAGAAGCUACAAGUUCCUGCUGUUGUCCUUGGUAAAACUGAUCCAUGCAGAUCCAAAGCUCUUGCUGUGUAAUCCCAGGAAGCAGGGCCCUGAGACCCAGGGGAGCACGGCAGAGCUGAUCACAGGCCUUGUCCAGCUGGUGCCACAGUCCAGCAUGCCAGACAUAGCCCAGGAGGCCAUGGAGGCCUUGCUGGUUCUGCACCAGCUGGACAGCAUUGACUUGUGGAAUCCUGAUGCUCCUAUAGAAACAUUCUGGGAAAUCAGUUCACAAAUGCUUUUUUAUAUCUGCAAGAAGCUCACGAGCCAUCAGAUGCUGAGCAGCACGGAAAUCCUCAAGUGGCUGCGAGAGAUUCUCAUCUGUAGGAAUAAAUUUCUUCUAAAAAACAAACAGUCAGAUAGGAGUUCCUGCCACUUCCUCUUCCUUUAUGAUGUCUCUGGAAGUGGAACUAGCCAAAUUUCUCUUGACCAUGAAGAAAUGAUACGCUGUGCACCAGGAGCUACCCUCAGGAAGGGGAAAGGGAAUUCUUCCAUGGAAAGCACGGCGGGGUGCAGCGGAACACCCAUCUGUCGCCAAGCCCAAACCAAACUGGAAGUGGCCUUAUACAUGUUCCUGUGGAGCCCAGAUAUCGAGGCAGUGCUGGUGGCCAUGUCCUGCUUCCGGCACCUCUGCGAGGAGGCCGACAUCAGGUGUGGGGUGGAUGAAGUCUCGGUGCACAAUUUCCUGCCCAACUACAACACUUUCAUGGAGUUUGCAUCUGUCAGCAACAUGAUGUCAACAGGGAGAGCAGCUCUUCAGAAGAGAGUGAUGGCGUUACUGAGGCGCAUCGAGCACCCAACUGCAGGCAACACAGAGGCCUGGGAGGAUACACAUGCAAAAUGGGAACAAGCUACAAAACUAAUCCUCAACUAUCCAAAGACCAAAAUGGAAGAUGGGCAGGUCACGGAGAGUCUGCACAAGACCAUUGUGAAGAGGCGCAUGUCCCACGUCAGCGGGGGCGGCUCCAUCGACCUGUCGGACACGGACUCGCUGCAGGAGUGGAUCAACAUGACAGGGUUCCUGUGUGCCCUGGGGGGGGUGUGCCUGCAGCACCGCAGCAGCACCGGGCUGGCCACCUACAGCCCCCCCAUGGGCCCCAUCAGCGAGCGCAAGGGCUCCAUGAUCUCCAUGGUGUCCACCGAGGGCAGCGUCGAGACGCCCGUCAGCAAGUUCAUCGACCGGCUCCUGACCCUCAUGGUCUGCAACCACGAGAAGGUGGGGCUGCAGAUCCGCACCAACAUCAAGGACCUGGUGGGCUUGGAGCUGAGCCCAGCACUCUAUCCAAUGCUCUUCAACAAGCUGAAGAAUACCAUCAGCAAGUUCUUUGACUCUCAAGGGCAGGUUCUGCUAACUGACACCAACACACAAUUUGUAGAGCAGACCAUUGCUAUAAUGAAGAAUUUGCUCGACAAUCACACAGAAGGGAGCUCAGAACAUCUUGGACAAGCGAGUAUUGAGACAAUGAUGCUAAAUCUGGUUAGGUAUGUGCGUGUGCUUGGAAAUUUGGUGCAUGCCAUUCAAAUAAAAACGAAGCUCUGUCAGUUGGUAGAAGUAAUGAUGGAAAGGAGAGAUGACCUUUCAUUUUGUCAAGAAAUGAAAUUUAGGAACAAAAUGGUGGAAUAUUUGACAGACUGGGUUAUGGGAACAUCUAAUCAAGCAACAGAUGAGGAUGUGAAAUGCUUGACAAGAGAUUUGGACCAGGCGAGUAUGGAGGCAGUGGUUUCUCUUCUUGCUGGGCUCCCACUCCAGCCUGAGGAAGGAGAUGGUGUUGAGUUGAUGGAAGCAAAAUCUCAAUUAUUUCUUAAGUACUUCACGCUGUUCAUGAACCUGCUGAACGACUGCAGCGAGGUGGAGGACGAGGGGGCGCAGGCGGGCGGGCGCAAGCGCGGCAUGUCGCGCAGGCUGGCCUCGCUGCGGCACUGCACCGUGCUGGCCAUGUCCAACCUGCUCAACGCCAACGUCGACAGCGGCCUCAUGCACUCCAUAGGCUUGGGCUAUCAUAAAGACCUCCAAACAAGAGCCACGUUUAUGGAAGUCCUCACCAAAAUUCUGCAGCAGGGGACAGAAUUUGAUACGUUAGCAGAAACAGUGCUAGCGGAUCGGUUUGAGAGAUUGGUGGAGUUGGUUACAAUGAUGGGUGAUCAGGGGGAGCUUCCUAUUGCUAUGGCUUUAGCCAAUGUGGUGCCUUGUUCCCAGUGGGACGAGCUGGCUCGUGUCCUGGUCACACUCUUUGAUUCCCGGCACUUGCUCUACCAGCUCCUCUGGAACAUGUUCUCAAAGGAGGUUGAACUGGCAGAUUCCAUGCAGACACUCUUCCGAGGAAACAGCUUAGCCAGUAAAAUAAUGACUUUCUGUUUUAAGGUAUAUGGUGCUACGUACUUGCAGAAGCUUUUGGAACCUUUAUUGAGGACUGUGAUCACAUCUCCUGAGUGGCAGCAUGUUAGCUUUGAGGUGGAUCCAACAAGGCUGGAGCCCACAGAGAGCCUGGAGGAGAACCAGCGGAGCCUCUUGCAAAUGACAGACAAGUUUUUUCAGGCAAUCAUUAACUCUUCCUCGGAGUUCCCACCCCAGCUGCGCAGUGUGUGCCAUUGUUUAUACCAGGUGGUGAGCCAGCGCUUCCCUCAGAACAGCAUCAGCGCCGUGGGCAGCGCCAUGUUCCUGCGCUUCAUCAACCCCACCAUCGUGUCCCCGUACGAGGCCGGCAUCCUCGACAAGAAGCCCCCGCCCAGGAUCGAGAGGGGCCUGAAGCUCAUGUCAAAGAUACUUCAGAGUAUUGCCAACCACGUCCUGUUUACAAAAGAAGAGCAUAUGCGGCCUUUUAAUGAUUUUGUGAAAAGCAACUUUGACGCAGCACGAAGGUUUUUCCUUGACAUCGCGUCCGACUGCCCAGCGAGUGACACCGUCAACCACAGCCUGUCCUUCAUCAGCGACGGCAACGUCCUGGCCCUGCACCGCCUGCUGUGGAACAACCAGGAGAAGAUCGGCCAGUACCUGUCCAGCAACAGGGACCACAAGGCUGUUGGACGACGACCUUUUGACAAGAUGGCCACUCUUCUUGCCUACCUGGGGCCUCCUGAGCACAAACCUGUGGCAGAUACACAUUGGUCCAGUUUAAAUCUCACCAGUUCCAAAUUUGAAGAGUUUAUGACGAGGCAUCAGGUACAUGAAAAGGAGGAGUUCAAAGCACUGAAAACAUUAAAUAUUUUCUACCAAGCUGGGACAUCCAAAGUUGGCAAUCCUGUUUUCUACUACAUUGCUCGGCGGUUCAAGACUGGCCAGAUCAAUGGUGAUCUGCUCAUCUACCACGUGCUGCUGACCCUGAAGCCAUACUAUGCAAAGCCAUAUGAAAUCGUGGUGGACCUCACCCACGCUGGCCCCAGUAAUCGCUUUAAAACAGACUUUCUUUCUAAAUGGUUUGUAGUUUUUCCAGGCUUUGCUUAUGAAAAUGUCGCAGCAGUUUUUAUUUAUAACUGUAACUCUUGGGUCAGAGAAUACACCAAAUACCAUGAAAGACUCUUGACAGGUUUGAAAGGAAGCAAAAGGCUUGUUUUCAUAGACUCUCCAGGGAAGCUGGCAGAGCACAUCGAGCACGACCAGCAGAAGCUCCCAGCAGCUACCUUGGCUUUGGAGGAGGACUUGAAAGUGUUUCACAAUGCUCUCAAGCUGGCUCAUAAAGACACCAAAGUUUCUAUUAAAGUUGGGUCGACAGCUGUGCAGGUGACAUCGGCAGAGCGAACACGAGUCCUGGGCCAGACGGUGUUUUUGAAUGACAUCUACUACGCCUCUGAGAUUGAGGAAAUCUGUCUUGUUGAUGAGAACCAGUUCACCCUGACCAUUGCCAACCAAGGCACACCACUCACCUUCAUGCACCAGGAGUGUGAAGCCAUCGUGAGGUCCAUCAUCCACAUCCGGACGCGGUGGGAGCUGUCCCAGCCGGACUCCAUCCCUCAGCACACCAAAAUCCGUCCCAAGGAUGUCCCUGGAACGCUGCUGAACAUAGCACUGCUCAACCUGGGGAGCUCAGACCCCAGUCUGAGGUCUGCUGCCUAUAAUCUCCUAUGUGCCUUAACCUGUACCUUUAAUUUAAAGAUUGAGGGCCAGUUACUGGAAACUUCAGGUCUGUGUAUUCCUGCCAACAACACACUAUUUAUUGUAUCUAUCAGUAAGACUCUUGCAGCAAACGAGCCACACCUCACCUUGGAGUUCUUGGAGGAGUGUAUUUCGGGAUUUAGCAAAUCCAGCAUUGAGCUGAAACACCUGUGUCUGGAGUACAUGACUCCCUGGCUGUCCAACCUGGUCAGGUUCUGCAAGCACAACGACGAUGCCAAGCGCCAGCGAGUCACUGCUAUUCUGGAUAAGCUCAUCACAAUGACAAUAAAUGAGAAACAGAUGUAUCCUUCCAUUCAAGCUAAGAUAUGGGGAAGUCUUGGACAGAUAACAGAUCUCCUGGAUGUGGUGCUGGACAGUUUCAUCAAAACCAGUGCCACGGGGGGCCUGGGCUCCAUCAAAGCUGAGGUGAUGGCAGACACAGCUGUGGCACUGGCUUCUGGCAACGUCAAACUCGUGUCAAGCAAAGUGAUUGGGAGGAUGUGCAAAAUCAUCGACAAGACUUGUCUGUCCCCCACUCCCACGCUGGAGCAGCACCUGAUGUGGGAUGACAUUGCUAUCCUGGCCCGCUACAUGCUCAUGCUGUCCUUCAACAACUCCCUGGAUGUGGCUGCACACCUCCCCUACCUCUUCCACGUGGUCACUCUGCUGGUGGCCACGGGCCCCCUUUCCCUCAGAGCUUCCACUCACGGUCUCGUCAUCAACAUCAUCCACUCUCUGUGCACUUGUUCACAGCUUCACUUCAGUGAGGAGACCAAGCAAGUUUUAAGGCUGAGCUUGACUGAGUUCUCUCUGCCCAAGUUUUAUUUGCUGUUUGGGAUCAGCAAGGUGAAGUCGGCCGCGGUCAUCGCGUUCCGCUCCAGCUACCGCGACAGGUCCUUCUCGCCCGGCUCCUACGAGAGGGAGACCUUCGCCCUGACCUCGCUGGAGACCGUCACCGAGGCCUUGCUGGAGAUCAUGGAGGCCUGUAUGAGGGAUAUUCCAACGUGCAAGUGGCUGGACCAGUGGACUGAACUAGCUCAAAAGUUUGCAUUCCAGUAUAACCCCUCCCUGCAGCCAAGAGCACUGGUUGUUUUUGGCUGUAUAAGUAAACGUGUGUCUCAUGGACAAAUAAAACAAAUCAUCCGAAUUCUCAGCAAGGGACUUGAGAGCUGUUUAAAAGGCCCUGAUAAUUACAAUAGCCAAGUUCUAAUAGAAGCCACAGUUAUAGCCCUCACCAAGCUGCAGCCUCUUCUUAACAAGGACUCUCCUAUGCACAAGGCUCUCUUCUGGGUGGCCAUGGCAGUGCUGCAGCUGGAUGAGGUGAACCUGUACUCAGCAGGAACAGCACUGCUGGAGCAGAACCUGCACACCCUGGACAGCCUGCGGGUGUUCAAUGACAAGAGCCCAGAAGAGGUGUUCAUGGAGAUCAGGAGACCACUUGAAUGGCACUGCAAGCAAAUGGAUCAUUUUGUUGGGCUAAAUUUCAAUUCCAACUUUAACUUUGCACUAGUGGGACAUCUCCUGAAAGGGUACAGGCAUCCUUCUCCUACCACUGUAGCAAGGACAGUGAGGAUUUUGCACACACUCCUCGCUCUGGUUAACAAACACAGGAACUGUGACAAGUUCGAGGUGAACACCCAGAGCGUGGCUUACCUGGCAGCUCUGCUGACGGUGUCUGAGGAGGUUCGGAGCCGCUGCAGCCUAAAGCAUAGGAAGUCUCUCUUGUUGACAGACGUGUCAAUGGAAAAUGUUCCUAUGGAUACAUAUCCCAUACAUCACAGUGACACUAGCUAUAGGACACUAAAGGAGAACCAGCCCUGGUCAUCCCCCAAGGGGUCAGACAGACACCUGGCUGCCAACUACCCGACCGUGGGCCAGAUCAGCCCCCGCACCCGGAAAUCCAUGAGCCUGGACAUGGGGCAGCCUUCACAAGCCAACACUAAAAAGCUUCUAGGUACAAGGAAAAGUUUUGACCAUUUGAUAUCGGACACAAAGGCUCCUAAAAGGCAAGACAUGGAAUCUGGAAUCACAACGCCUCCCAAAAUGAGGAGAGUAGCCGAAAAUGAUUAUGAAAUGGAAACCCAGAGAAUAUCACCACAGCAGCACCCACAUCUCCGGAAAGUUUCUGUUUCUGAGUCAAACGUCCUCCUGGAUGAAGAGGUUCUGACUGACCCAAAAAUUCAAGCUCUGCUGCUUACAGUUCUUGCCACGCUGGUGAAGUACACCACGGACGAGUUCGACCAGCGCAUCCUCUACGAGUAUUUAGCAGAAGCCAGUGUUGUCUUCCCGAAGGUCUUUCCUGUUGUGCAUAAUUUAUUGGACUCCAAGAUCAAUACCCUUUUAUCGCUGUGCCAGGAUCCAAACUUGUUGAAUCCAAUCCAUGGGAUUGUGCAGAGUGUUGUCUACCACGAGGAAUCUCCACCCCAGUACCAAACAUCUUAUCUACAGAGUUUUGGAUUCAAUGGGCUGUGGAGGUUUGCUGGCCCCUUCUCCAAGCAAAACCAAAUCCCAGACUAUGCUGAGCUCAUAGUGAAGUUCCUGGAUGCCUUGAUUGACACGUACUUGCCUGGAAUUGAUGAGGAAGCCAGUGAGGAGUCCCUGCUGACCCCCACGUCUCCGUACCCCCCGGCCGUGCAGAGCCAGCUCAGCAUCACUGCCAACCUCAACCUCUCCAACUCCAUGACCUCACUGGCCACUUCCCAGCACUCCCCAGGGAUCGACAAGGAGAACGUGGAGCUCUCGCCCACCGCCGGCCACGCCAACAGCGGGAGGAUGCGCCACGGCUCCGCCAGCCAAGUGCAGAAGCAGCGAAGCGCCGGCAGCUUCAAGCGUCACAGCAUCAAAAAGAUCGUGUGAUUGUUGCUUUUUAAUUUUAUUUUCUAUCUCUGGACCUGACUGACGUGCGGCCCCUCGCCGAGGGCCCCGCGCCGGGUGUGAUGCUGCACUUGAUUUGUACAGUUCCCAUCCCGUCGGCCGCGUCGCCAGCUGAUCAACUCCUGACCCAUUGCCUGAGUUAACGCCUUCAUCCCUCCCUUCUGUUUGGUUUAAGUGUUCCAGAACCGCGUGAGGAUCCCGAGGGACGGCGGAGCCGGGGGAGGUCUGGAGCCCUGUGACGCUGCAGAGCCGCGUCUUGUCCAAAUCCAAAGCCAUUGCCCGAAACAGCCCCGCUGUGCACCUGCUCUGGCCUCGGGUGUUCCUGCUCUAAAGGGAAGUGUUGAUCCUUAACCCUGUUUGCACACCUCAAGGUAGUGGCUUCCUGAGCCAGGGAAGGUUCUCUAAUCCUGGUUUUAAUCCAAACGUGUAAGAUUUUAGCUGUGGACUUUUUUUUACCAUACUGAAAAGAAACUCACGAUAGCCACAGUACAGUGAGCUUAACAGAAGUGGUGGAUUAGGUUAAAUUUCAAGUAAUUAGCAAUAAAUGGGAGAGGAAGAGGAGGCUGCAGGAGUCCCUCAUUCCCCAGAUUAAGCUUCACGCACUUGGACUGUACAUGGACCAGACUGGACAAACUGGCUUUUUUCCCCAAGCCUUUUUUUUUUUCUUUUUUUUCUGUACUUUACUGCCCUGGGGAAGGUGGUACAGGGGGAAAUCCCCGGGCCUGACCCUCGGGCUGUUGUUGUAGCACUGCGGGAAGUUUCUCACCUCUUCCUUCCAUUUGACACGUUUGAGCGCUUUAGUUCUGCCCUUCCCACAGAGCUCCUGGCACAGCAGCCAGUGGGGAAUGGAGGGGUGGAUUCACUCCUGGCUCUGGGGGAUGGUGUGUGGCAAAGCUGCCCCUGUGCUGCCCAGGCAGGGACAGGAACAGCCACCUCUGCUCAAGGUACAUGAAUUUCAAUUAACUGACACUGGGUCGGUUCCGUGGCAGGGCCGGGGCUGCCCCUCUGCCCAGGGGACCCCCCGGGGUGGGUUCGGGGUCCUGCAGGGCUUCCAAGAACUGAAGGUGCUGUCACUGGUCACUGCCAGGGUCGGGUGACAGCGCUGGGGACCUGCUGCUGUGCUGGGGAGGGAGGAGGCAGGAGCUGGGGCAGGGGCCGUGUCCUUGGGGGCUCACACAGCUCCUGCUCAGGAACAAUUCCGCUUCCCAGUUGCAGAUCCCUGUGCUGUGGUAGGAAUCAACAAUCCUUUGGUGGCUUUAAAGGAAAAGAAACUAUCCACUAGGUAAAAGCCAAUCCUCCAGUGCAAUCAUUAAUGGCUUUCAGUAAAUCAAACUCCACAGCUAAAUUAUUAGAGAAUGGUACAAUUAAGGGUUCCGAUUUUAUUGCUAUAGCACACAAUUCCCAUGUAUCCACACAGUAACAAUGUAACAUUUAUGUAAAUAAAAAUACCUUUAUUGUAUUGAUUCAUAAAAUAACAAUUUCUUUAAUUUGUUUACAGUCCUGGAAAAGCUAUGAACACAAACUUCAUAUGCAAAUAGUUUGCCAAAACGAGGAAAAUUUAGGAUUAGCAGUCUUGGAAUAAAUACGUUAGGAAAAUGAAGUGGUGCAAUUAACCCAAUCCCUUCUCGGGUGGUGCAGGUGCUGCGGCAGGAACGUGGCCACUGGGGACAUGGAGUGGGGUGUGAGCGGGGCCUGAGGCUGAGCCUUGGGGUCCCCAGGUUAGAAACUGUUGUCAUCUCACACCUCAGAUUGUGAGGAACCACCCCUGGUGUCGCUGUGGUUUGCACGGGGUUGUACCCAAUCGAGCAAGUUCCAGCCCUUCCCGUUCUGCUGAAGACAAGGAAUUGUAGAAGCCUGAGGAUUUGUAGGUAGGAGGAAAACAAGAAUCUCUUAUAAAGGUGAUUUGCUGUUUUCAGUUGUUUCUCCUAUGAGCAGGUUUCCUGUAAAGAGGAAUAGGAAUUCCAGAGGAACUGCCCAACCAGUUUUGCUUGGGCAGAGAGGAAGCCCUUCACUGUUCUGCAUUACCCACAUCAAAAGUGUCCCUCCUUCAGAACUGCUGCGUUCUCUGCAGCACAGAGGAUGUGAGAGCAGAGGGGACGGUGAUGAAAAUCACCUUCCCCGGGGAGCUACUCCAGGCUCUCAGUCCCAGCUAAAAAUCUGGUCUCUUCACAAAGUCAGUGAACAAAAUUUAAUUUCCUCUUUCCUGGAAGGAGAGAGUUGGUUGGAGGUUCCCCUGUGUGAGGGGUUCAGUGAGAGGGCCUGGACUCUGGCUGAGCAGGGGUGUCAGGUAGUGGGGGUGGAAUUGGGGUGUGAGGACAGCUGAGGGCCAAGGUUUAAUUUGCAUCCUGUGUGCCCCAAUAUGCAGCAACGUUGUCUUGUACUGGUUGCUGGGAAGCUCGUGCUUGGCUCACAGGGAAGCACAGCCUUUGUGUAAUGAUUAAACUCCAAUCAGUAAUUAGUUGUCGAGUGCCUUACUGUCUCUCCAUCGCUCUCCUGCUCCCCCCAGCAGCCACUGCUGGGACUUUGCCUCUUUUUCUUUCUCACAUCCUCCUUCCUUUGUUCUUUCCCUGUUUGAGCACUCUCCCUCCUGCCCCGUUCCAGCCCGGGCUGCUCGGGCUGUGCCGCCGGUGCCCCUGUGGGUCUGAGCCCCGUCCCGGCGUCCCCAGUGCCGGCCGCGCUCGGGGCAGCCCGCGGGCACCGGCAGUGGCUGCAGCUCCAGUCCCUGCUGCAGGGCUGGAGCUGCAGCCCCGGAGUCCCUGUGCUUUGACAUGAAAACUUGAGAUUCAGAAAAAUCCCACCAGGAACACGUGGACCAUGUAACACCCUCGCGGGGACCGUGCGUGACACCCCUGGCUCAGAGCCUGUUCCCUGCCCCACACUGACCACAGCUCAGUACUGUAAAGACAAUUAACAUUCUGUUUGUGUUGAUAUUUUCCCUGACUUAAAGAUAACUCAGUAGUAUUUGAAUAGUGCAUAACCUACCUGUAAUGAUGCCGAUGUUUCUGCUUUACCGUGCAUGAGGUUCCCCAGACAGGGAACGUUUCACUAAGUCUCGUGGGCCGAGCCCCCGGCCUGUGCCAGGGCUCCCUCUGACCCGGGUUGUAGGUUUUAGGGCUUUUUCUGUUUCAUUCUAAGGUUAAUUUUUAUCAGUGUCAUGAAGCACGUCCUACUGUUAUGCAACAAACCACAGACAGUCACUCGGAGUGUUGGUCCCACCUUUUUUUUUUAUGCAGUAUAUUCACCUGUAAAUAAUUUUUGUGUAAAAUUUGACAGAAAAGUAUAUUUACUACACUGUAAAUACAUGUGACAAUAUAUUGUAUUAUUUUGCUUUUUUUGUAAAGCAGUUAGUUGCUGUAUAUGUAUAACAUAUAAAUUUGAUUAUUCUAGUGUUAGUAACUGUUAACUCCUCCUCCUCCCUGCUGGUUCUGUCAUUUAAACCAGAAGCUGUUGGACACACUCGCCCCGUGUGCUCUCACUGCACCCCCAGCUCGGGGGCUCCUCCUCCCCAGUCCUGUCCGUGCUGCCCCAGCGCUGAGUGACCUGUGAGAGCCCCCGGCCCGGGGGGCUGUGGGUCACUCUGGUGGAACCCUGGUUUCAGAUAAUUAUUGUUCACCCCACUCUCCCCUCAUGUAUGUACUUCCCCUUUUUUUUUUGAAGUAAACUGUAAAUUGAACCUGCUCCCAGUUGUUUGAAGGUCAUUCCCGGGGGCUGUGGGGUGAAGGUGGUGGACAUUGACAUCCUUGCUCUGUUGGGACAGUGAGUUUGGGUGGGUUCUUUGGGGCUGAACCAGGGGAUCCAGCCCAGUCCCAGACCCAAACCCCCACUUUUUCUGGGGAAAAUUAGAACCAAGUUGAAAUCCAGUGUCUGGGGUUUGUCUUCCCAGACUGGUGCUGCUCUGGGUGUGGGAACUUGCACAGAUCUAAGUAAUGGCAAACCCAAUUGCCUGUGGUGACUGAGGACAGAAUAAAGCCCAUUGUCAUGAAUUCCAUGUCACUUCAAUAAGAUUAUCAUAACUGAAUAAUAAAUCAGAAUAUUUCUUUUUAAAAUGUAAAUUUAAUAUUGUAAUAAAACAGCUGCUUGGUCUUUAAAGAACAAUUCAGUAUAAUUUGUCUAUUUGAGCUUUUCUAGCUUAGAAGCUUGAGGUUUCAGCUGUCAGGCAACUUCUAUGACAAAUGAUUAAUCACACCUAUUUUUCUUUUAGGGGGAUACAUUACUUUCCCAUUAAAAAUGUAUAAGUACUUAUGUUCUGGCUUUGUGAAUCGUAAAAGGAUGUAAAGACACAUUAAAGUGUGACUGCAUUGA